AUGCAAACACCCAACCAAGAAAACCCAACACCAACAAACAAUCAACUAUCAAGUUCAUGGACAAACGAAGAGGCUAGCCUUUUCGCGUUCGAUGACAUCUACGUCACAGCAUGCACCGAGGAAGGAAGUCAGACCACUGAUGUGGAGCCGCAACUCUAUCUUCAAAGCCUGGAGACCCGAGUAGCGAAAGCUCUAGCAGCAUCAAAAGGUUUUACCGACCUGAUCGAAAUUGCAGAAGCUUAUGACGAUGAUAAAAAGUUGAAUAUCCGGUUGAACACGACCCCCGUGUCAUCCAAUGAGUUUGACGCCCUGAUUUCGGGAAUUGAGAAGAAGGAUGUCGCCAUGAUUAACACCGAAUAUGGUGUUUUCGAAGUGCCGAUGCCAACAACUUCCGCAAUCCCAAAAUAUCAAAAGGUGUUAAACGCAACCGCAACAGCCGCUAUAAAGACGCUAUGUGACACAUCACUAUUGAUGCACAAACGCGGAAUCGAUGUAGCAAAGCUAAGUGCGCACAUACAAAGCGUAAGCAAGUCAGCAGUCGCCAGACACUCAAAAUCCUUCGAUCGAAAAGAUGUGAUGGAGUCCAUCCUGAACGUCUUGAUCGUGGAGAGAGUUAAGGAAAGGCAGCUACAAGCAAUAUGCAACCACUACAGCAAACCAGAGAUGUGGGUCGACCCAUUAUCUUCGGGGCUGUGGAUCGUCAAUCCAGACGAAAAUCACCCUGCCAUUUUGGCAUCAAGGGAAAGGAGAGUAAUCUCAACAUAUGAGUUAGACGAUAAUUUAACUCAAAGUCUGAUCGCGCUAUCAUUUUCACGAAAACCGAGAGAAACAGCAGCUGCAAAGCUAAACUUGUUCUCACGCGUGAAAGGUAGCAAACGUGACGACAUAAAAGCAGACCCAAAGAAAGUACUGGCAGCAGUAUUUUCGGAGUCUGAAUUAACGCAGUCUGAAAUAAAGGCGAUGUUAUUCACUAAACCCAGAGAACCAGCGACUAUGUGUCCAUACUGUGACGUUCCCGUCGAAUUAGAUGGCGUGACGUAUCACACGGAAUGUCUAGUUGUGAAGUGGCUAGUGAAGCACUUCUUCUUUAAAUAUGACAGCGAACUAGAAAUACUUUCAACACAAAGAAUUGUAUUUCUCGACCACAACCAGAGAGCGAUGCUCGAAAUGAUCCAGCGCCAUCAUCGUACGCUAAACCAACCUUUCAAGAUAAAGGGAGGAGCAAAGUACCAAGUGAUGCAACGCGAAGGAGACUCGCUUCGAACUCUCACGACUUUAUCAACCAAUCCUCAAUUUGUUCCGGGCACCAGUGAGUGGCUCGAAAAACAGAGAAAAGAGGAAGAAGCGCGCAAGCGCAGAUAA